AUGGCUACCGCUCUUUCGAAACUGAGGAAGCACUUGUGUUCUUCAGGAAAGACAAGACCCUCAUCCGUGCCCGGAGAACUAUGCCGUCACUUUUCCCUAAGGGAAAUCAAAGAAGCAACCUGCUACUUCAGUAAAGAAUUAAUUUUCGGUGAGGGUCCCUAUGGCACAGUAUAUAAGGGUUUCAUUGACAAGGGUAACUCCCGGCCUGUGGCGAUAAAGCGCUUGAAGAAGAAAGUUGAAGAAGAGUUCAAGACAGAGAUAAUAUUGCUCUGUCAAAUUCACCAUGUCCACCUCGUUCCAUUCAUCGGAUACUGCAAAGAUGAGGGCGAGAUGAUCCUCGUCUACGACUUCAUGGCCAACAAAUCGCUCCGCGAACACCUCUACGGCACCGACAGGGCCCCCCUUCUGUGGAAACAGAGGCUCCAGAUUUGCGUCGGAGCGGCGCGUGGCUUGCACUACCUACACACGGGGUUGAAGCACGCAGUCAUCCACCGUAACGUGAAGACGACCAGUAUUCUCUUGGACGAGAAAUGGGUAGCCAAGGUUUCACGUUGCGAACUGUCCGUCCACCUCGUCGUGGACAUGGAGGGUACGAGGGGACCUUCGGAUUCUGGAUUGUCCGAACAGAUUUCGAGUAUUAACACUACGGCUAGUUACAACGAGUUAAGUGCUAUGACAAGGAAAAAAAAAGGUGCAUAUUUGGAUCCUGAAUACUCUAUGAGCCAUCUAUGGACAGCAAAAUCCGAUGUAUAUUCCUUCGGCAUGGUGCUCUUGGAAGUAUUAUGUGCCCGAAAACCAUUUAAUAAAGAAUUGGAGGAGGAGCAAAGGCAUUUGGCCGACUGGUUCCGAAAAUGCAACGGGAAUGGGAGUAUCGGAAAAAUCAUAGAUCCCUAUCUGAAGGGGAAGAUAGCUUCAGAAUGCUUCAAGGUAUACGUGGAGAUUGCGGGGAAUUGCGUGCAAAAUGAGGGGAUCCAACGGCCUACGAUGCUAGAUGUGCUGGAAAAGCUCGAACUUGCACUGGAGCUGCAAGAGAAGGCGGAUUCGGAGAGGGAGAAGAUGAUCAGUGCUGGUAGUGAUAUAAUGAAAGAUUUGUUCACAAAUUCACAAACAUAG